AGUUUUUGUUUUCUAUUUAUCUUCUUGAAGCAAGGAGUACGUCAACAAGCUGAAAGAAUAUAUAGAUACGCCAAGAAUCAAGUUCCUUUCCUUAAUCUGUUGCAGAAUUCAUAAUCUGUUGUGUUUUUUCAAGGAAAUCAGGAAAACAGAGGAUGGAGAACAAAGCUGAUCUGAAGUCGAUACUUCCAUAUCUGCCUCUGGUGGUUCAGUCAUCGUCUCUGGUUUGGCCACCACCAGUUGCACAAGAGCUAGAAACAAUGUCUAGAGGACCAAGUCAUUCUAAGGUUAACUCGGGAAAAGCUCUGGCCUCGCGAAUCACUGGUAUGAGGAAGUCCGUAUCCUUAGAUCCAUCUUGUCUUGCGACUUUUGCUCUUCAAGGCUAUGCCCUUUUCUUCGACGAGGAGAUUCCCCGAGAUGAAUCCGCUAAAUGGUUUGGUGAGGUGGUCCCUGCAUUGGCCGGUCUACUUCUCCAGUUACCUUCAAUGUUGGAGAUCCACUAUUCAAAUGCGGACCAUGUCCUAGAUGGAACCACGACUGGUCUUCGUAUCCUAAGUCCUCAAGAAGCUGGAAUCGUUUUCCUUAGCCAGGAGUUGAUUGCAGCUCUUCUUGCAUGUUCCUUCUUUUGUUUGUUCCCUAAAGCUGACAGAGCCUCAAGGCAUCUUCAAGGAAUCAACUUUGACGAGUUGUUUUCGUUUCUGUACAUGCGUUGCUUGAGGGAGCAGAAGCAGAGAAUAAGGUGCAUCAUUCAUUACUUUGAGAGGAUAUGUCGUUGUAUGCCAACAGGCUUCGUUUCAUUUGAGAGGAAAGUUCUUCCAUUGGCAUACCAUCCUCUUCUUAUGUCAUAUCCAGAUGCUGAUUUUUGGCACAAAUCCACCGUCCCCCUUUGUUCCAUUGAGGUUCACACUUCAGGAUUUAUAGAAGAACAACCAGGUAAAGCUCUUGAAGUGGAUUUUGCUGAUGAGUAUUUCGGAGGCCUUGCUCUCCGUAAUGGAUGUCUGCAGGAAGAAGUACGGUUUAUGAUCAACCCUGAACUAAUCGCGGGCAUGCUGUUCUUGUCUCGUAUGGACGAUAAUGAGGCCAUAGAGAUUGUUGGUGUUGAAAGAUUCUCACAGUAUGUAGGGUAUGAUUAUUCAUUCCAAUUUGCCGGUGAUUACACGGACAAGAAGGAACUGGACUUCCUCAGAAGGCGAAAAACAAGAGUCAUAGCUAUAGACGCAAUUCCUCUGCCAGGAUUGAGACAGUACAAACGUGAAGGCCUCCUUCGGGAGGUUAACAAGGCUUUUUGUGGAUAUCUGCAACGAAACAUAUAUCAAGUGAAUAGAUCCCACAGAAUGAAGCUUGAGGCGCAUGAUUCUCUUGAAUCAGCUUCUGUGAGCCAAGAACUACAAAGUCCUCACCAAAAGGAGAGAUUGUAUUGUGACACUGAAGAGAAGAUUGGUGUUGCAACAGGGAACUGGGGCUGCGGUGUAUUUGGAGGUGACCCUGAACUAAAGACCAUGAUUCAAUGGCUCGCUGCCUCACAGUCGGGAAGGCCUUUCAUGUCAUACUACACAUUUGGCCUCGAAGCACUACAAAAUCUCGAUCAGGUGACUAAAUGGAUUGCUUCUCAGAAAUGGACAGUCGGAUACCUCUGGAGUAAGCUAGUCGAGCAUACUUCAGAGCGUCUCAAUGGAAGAACACAAGCCAGCCUCUUCUCCUGGCUCAUCCCUUCAUGCUCGGCUUAGGCUGCUGAGUUCAAAUCACCCCAUGUCUUGACAUACUCCAAUUUAGAGAUUUUCCGUUUGAUUCCCUUACUUUGAUUUCUUCUGUUUGCAUUGAUGAUCGAUUGCUUGAACAACAAAUACUGUAGUAGAGUUGGCUAGUUUUGUGUUGAAUUUUAUUUGAUCAAUCGAGUAACAGGUUCUCUGUAUU